GAGGAGGAUGUUGUACAAAGAGUUUUUGCGGUUGUGGGAUGAGGCGGUGAAGGCAGUGGAUGCCAGAGACUGGCAGGGAGCCCUGUCUAAACUCAACCAGAUCACAGAACCUACCUCCCGGACUCUGUUUCUGACUGCCUCUGCUCACCUUGCCCUGGGGCAGCUGGAGCCUGCCAUCCAGGUCAGUCUGGAGGAGAGUGAUUUAUCAUUAUCUGGAGUGUGUGCGUGUGUCAUAUUUAUCUGUCACCCUGUGUUGUCAAGGCUCUAGACCAGACAAUAGCAAAGGAUGAGCGACUUGCAGUUGGCUUUUUCCAAAGAGCUGGAGCAUUCAUGCUGGCUAGCAGGUAAGAGAUCACUGUACAACAUUAUGGUUCCUCUUCUGUCUACUAAUGUUCUCUUUUAUUAAAGUAAAGAACAGGUUGAAUCUGUACGGUUUAUUGUACGGUAUUGGUUAACCUAUGAAGGCAAAUAACUGUUUAUUCAUUAUUUGGAUUACAAGAGACAUUUAGCCAACAGCCAUUAUAUCUGACAUCUCCUUGCUGCUGUGUGUUGUGCGUGCAUGCGUGCGUGGGUGUGGGUAUGUGUGCAGGCUGGAGGAGGCUCUGAAUGACUGUAUCUCGGCUCAGAAACACAUGAGAGGCAACAUGGUCAUUGAUUACAAACAGCUGGGGCUAUGCUACAAGCUCUACAGUUGGCAGGUACAACAGACUUACACCAUUCUCUUAGAGGUGUACACUUGUAUCAUACUAACACCAUGGUCCUAUAGGUAGACUUGUAUCAUAUUAACACCAUGGUCCUAUAGGUGGCCUUGUAUCAUACUAACACCGUGAUAAUAAUAAUAUGCCAUUUAGCAGACGCUUUUAUCCAAAGCGACUUACAGUCAUGUGCGCAUACAUUUUUACGUAUGGGUGGUCCCGGGGAUCGAACCCACUACCCUGGCGUUACAAGCGCCAUGCUCUACCAAUUGAGCUACAGUGGACUUGUAUCAUACUAACACUGUGAUCCUAUAGGUGGACUUGUACCUUAUAGGUGUAGACUUAUACCACAGUCUUAUAGGUGUACAUGGAAUUACAUACAGUAUUAGAACUCUAAUUGAAUAGGAUCUCUGUGUAGGUGGACUUUUUACCUUAUAGGUGUGCACCAUGUACCAGUAGUGGAGUACAGUACGAUUAAACAAGAUUCAAAAUAUAUCUAUGACAAUCCAAAUGUAUAGUGUCAGAUAUAAUUGUCCAGAUAUUUGAAUUAAGUUUGCAUCCCAAAUGCCACCCUAUUCUCUUUAAAAGUCACACAUUUUGGUCAUGGGACUUGUUAUAGUAGGGCUCUUGUCAAAAUAAGUGCACUAUAUUGGAAAUAGGUUGCACACCGCCAAAUUCAUGACUGAGAAUAUCCCCAGUUCCAUUAUGUCAACACUUCCAUUCAGACGCCAGAUACACCACCUGGUAGGGAUCUUUGACAAAGCCUCAUUGAAAGAAACGGGAAACUUUUCUGAGGUUACGCAAUAUUAAAUACCUCUCAUAAUGAAGAUAAGAUAUAUUACACAUUCCUACCUUCUGAGGUUAUGCAAUAUUAAAUACCUCUCAUAAUGAAGAUAAGACAUAUUACACAUUCCUACCUGUGUUUGUCUCAGUCUGGACUACCGACUACGUGUCUGUCUGUCAGGCGAAGGCAUUCUGGACAUAGGAAUUUAUUUCCCCAAAUCUAUCAGCUAGAACAAAUGUGGUUAUUGCUUUUGAUUUAUUAACCACAUUUGUGAGACCUUUAUUGAUUCAAGUUGAAUUACGUAUUGGCUGUAGGACUCAGACAAAUCUUUCUGUUCAGAGAUGAGGGGUCACAAAAGUUUUCAAUUGCAGCAUAAUUUAGCCAGGCUCUCUCGUGGCCUGUUGUUGAGUAUUACUUGUCUGUGUAAGCAUAUGGAGAGUGUUAUUAUGGCACCCUUUUCCUUCUAUACUGCUCUUCUUUUGACCAGUACACAUAUGGCUCUGGUUAAAAGUAAUACACUAAAUAGAGAAUUGGGUGAACUAUAUAAGGUGCCAGUUGUGACAGUUUCUCUAUGGUUGUCCAGGUCUUGUAUAACGCAGCAGCUGUCCACUCUAGACUGGACCAGUUGGACAAAGCCCGGGACAUCCUGAUCUCAGCCUCCCAGGAGAAAGGAAGAGGGGGGCGAGGAGGGAACAUGGAAGUGGCUUUAGACAUUAUCUCUGUAAGUACACUAUCAGAAAUAUUAUUCACUUAAGACAUCGGAAUCUCCCCACAUAGGGCCAGAGGUUGUUUCUCACUGAUCAAGUCACAUGGCCAGGAAAAACUCCUGGCUAUAUCCCCACAUAACACUUUGACAUUGGCAUGGAGGUGUGUGGUGUCCUGUCCUACAUGGCUACAUAUCUAUCUCUCUCUCUCUCUCUCUCUCUCACUCUCACUCUCACUCUCACUCUUACUCUCACUCUCACUCUCACUCUCUCUUUGUGUGUGUGUGUGUGCGCGUGCGUGUGUGUCCAUCCCCAGAGGGGAGAGGUGCUCCCUGUCCUCCUGGUGCCAGAGGGGGAGGUGUUCCGCCCCAGGAAACAGGACGUAGAACAGCUGGGACAGAGAGACUUCCUGGGCAAACCAAAGGUACAGUAACACCACACCACUCUCUGUCUCUGUGUGUGGGUGGGUGGGUGUCUGUGUGUGUCUGGAUCUGUGUGUGUGUGUCAAUUGAAUCAGAUUUAAUCACAGAUUGGCCUUUCCUGUGCUUUCAGGUCAUUUCCUCUAUGAUUCCCAAUGAUGACUUUGGUGGAUUUGAACCUCUCAGGAUUCAGGUAAGACUCAGCACUGUUAGAAUAGCAUUGCAAUUGCACAAAACCAUGUGUGCAUCCCAAAUUACACCCUAUUUCAGCGGUGGGCAACAGGUGUUUUAUUUUUUUUUACCCCCAUAAUAUUUUAUAAAAAAUGACUGUAAAAUUACCAGUAAUUCAGCAGAAGAUUACUUUAUUUUAGGAAAUCUUUUCCCAAGUAUUCCCACAAAUAAAAUAUGAGACAUACUGUACGUGUCUCAAUGUAAUCAAGGUAUGAAAUCUUUGGCCUUUUUUGUGGUCAAUUUGCAGUGUACAAAUUAUGAUUAUAUUCUGCCCCCCCCUCCCCGACCAUUCGCUCCGACCAAAAUCCUCCCACGGCUGAAUCUAGUUGCCUACCCAAAGCAGUGCACUAAAAAUGGAAUAGGGUACCAUUUGGGGGACAGUCCAAAGCCCAUGCCUUCUGUCUCUCCCUCUGACUGUGACUCUGUCCUCCGAACAGAAACCUGGAUACUACGAGCCCAAGGUGGAUAGAGUGGAGUAAGUUACAUUAUUCACACUGACAUCUAAUUAUGUUCCCAAAAUGAAUGUCAUUGGAGCAGAAAAAUGGUUAGGGACAUCAUAGGAAAAGCUCAGAGCUGAUAAUUAAAUCCAAAGAAGAUGUUCAUUGUUAAUAUGGUGGGUUGAGUGACAUGGUGUCUUUUCUAGAUAAUACAUGUCCAAAAGUAAAAUUGUGUGUGUUUAUUUAGGGUUUUUCACUCCCUGCACCACAAGUGAGAAAAGCAUGGUAGUGUGCAUGUUUACCCUUUACUUCUAAUGGUGUAUUUGCCUCCCCAUAGGGAUUCUCGCUACAUGCGUCUGCGUACCCCCUACAUAUCCCAGGGCCCUGGUCAGCUGACGGUGCCAGGGGGAGCCAUGGUGUUUCUCUUCAGUGAUGUGGAAAGAGAUGGACUGGCCACGGUCAUACACGAUGGACAGGUGAAAUACACCUUUAACUAGUGGCCGCUACUCCAUAGUUGAAGCUAACAAUGAUGCUUGAACUACAAAGCACAUAAGAACAAUGCAAUACUUCCAUAUUCCACACGAGACUCUGCUGCCCACAAGAGCUGUCUGGCAAUCGAUAGCCUACUAGCCUAUCUAUAGCUAUAUACAGUAUUUAGCUGGAAGUCUAUUCAUAUUACACAUUCGAACUCAGACUCCACGCUGUCGGGGCUAUCCAUCCCAUCACUCGUAGGCUUACCAGUGUUCACAGAAUGGGGUUCGCUCUCAUGAGCGCCGCUGGGUCUCUGGCAGUCAUCAGCUUGGUUUUCUGGGAGAGUAGGAGGGACUCUCACUAGAGGAACUGUCACUAUUCUUGAGGGGAGGAAGAAGAGGAGGAGCAAGGCCACUGUCAUUGCCGGGCCAGGGCAGUGAGGUCUCUGUCUGGACUGGGAGGCUGCUAGUGCCAGCUGCUGCAUAAGUAGGCCUACUAGCUUCCACCUGCGAUGGUGUUUCGUCAUUCGAGGAUGAGGUGGUAGCUUUGCUGAUUGUUAUCUUUGGUAAUUUGGCACGAGCUUGAUCAGAUAAAGCUUUUUUUACAGCGUUUUUGUGCACCACUUGGUCUUUCUUGCCUUUUGUUUAUCCAUCUUGAACAACGCACUCACUCACCAUCCGAGUCCGACCUGAUUCACCUAACUUUCUGGAUACUUGAUAGCCAAUUAGGUGAGGAGGCUGAGGAGGCCGCUGCCGAGAAAUAGGCUAAUUGGAUGCAUGACAACUACACUGCUCAAAAAAAUAAAGGGAACACUUAAACAACACAAUGUAACUACAAGUCAAUCACACUUCUGUGAAAUCAAACUGUCCACUUAGGAAGCAACACUGAUUGACAAUACAUUUCACAAGCUGUUGUGCAAAUGGAAUAGACAACAGUUGGAAAUUAUAGGCAAUUAGCAAAACACCCCCAAUAAAGAAGUGGUUCUGCAGGUGGUGACCACAGACCACUUCUCAGUUCCUAUGCUUCCUGGCUGAUGUUUUGGUCACUUUUGAAUGCUGGCGGUGCUUUCACUCUAGUGGUAGCAUGAGACGGAGUCUACAACCCACACAAGUGGCUCAGGUAGUGCAGCUCAUCCAGGAUGGCACAUCAAUGCGAGCUGUGGCAAGAAGGUUUGCUGUGUCUGUCAGCGUAGUGUCCAGAGCAUGGAGGCGCUACCAGGAGACAGGCCAGUACAUCAGGAGACGUGGAGGAGGCCGUAGGAGGGCAACAACCCAGCAGCAGGACCGCUACCUCCGCCUUUGUGCAAGGAGGAGCACUGCCAGAGCCCUGCAAAAUGACCUCCAGCAAGCCACAAAUGUGCAUGUGUCAGCUCAAACGGUCAGAAACAGUCUCCAUGAGGGUGGUAUGAGGGCCCGACAUCCACAGGUGGGGGUUGUGCUUACAGCCCUACACCGUGCAGGACGUUUGGCAUUUGCCAGAGAACACCAAGAUCGCCACUGGCGCCCUGUGCUCUUCACAGAUGAAAGCAGGUUCACACUGAGCACAUGUGACAGACGUGACAGAGUCUGGAGACGCCGUGGAGAAUGUUCUGCUGCCUGCAACAUCCUCCAGCAUGACCGGUUUGGCGGUGGGUCAGUCAUGGUGUGGGGUGGCAUUUCUUUGGGGGGCCGCACAGCCCUCCAUGUGCUUGCCAGAGGUAGCCUGACUGCCAUUAGGUACCGAGAUGAGAUCCUCAGACCCCUUGUGAGACCAUAUGCUGGUGCGGUUGGCCCUGGGUUCCUCCUAAUGCAAGACAAUGCUAGACCUCAUGUGGCUGGAGUGUGUCAGCAGUUCCUGCAAGAGGAAGGCAUUGAUGCUAUGGACUGGCCCGCCCGUUCCCCAGACCUGAAUCCAAUUGAGCACAUCUGGGACAUCAUGUCUCGCUCCAUCCACCAACGCCACGUUGCACCACAGACUGUCCAGGAGUUGGCGGAUGCUUUAGUCCAGGUCUGGGAGGAGAUCCCUCAGGAGACCAUCCGCCACCUCAUCAGGAGCAUGCCCAGGCGUUGUAGGGAGGUCAUACAGGCACGUGGAGGCCACACACACUACUGAGCCUAAUUUUGACUUGUUUUAAGGACAUUACAUCAAAGUUGGAUCAGCCUGUAGUGUGGUUUUCCACUUUCAUUUUGAGGGUGACUCCAAAUCCAGACCUCCAUGGGUUGAUAAAUUUGAUUUCCAUUGAUAAUUGUUGUGUGAUUUUGUUGUCAGCACAUUCAACUAUGUAAAGAAAAAAGUAUUUAAUAAAAUUAUUUAAUUCAUUCAGAUCUAGGAUGUGUUGUUUAAGUGUUCCCUUUAAAAAAAAAAAGUGUUUCCCAUUUUUUUGAGCAGUGUAUAUUGUCUGUCUGCCUCACCUACUACCAUGUAGACUGGACAACACAAACGCUUCACUUGCUACAUGUGGAAAUUAAAAAGAAAGGUUACUGUCAAAAUUGUUUAAUAAAAAAUAACUAACAAAUUAUAUAACGGGGACUGCGGGGGUUUCCACUACGCCAGUGCACCUACUCCUUUUAUUGUGGCCUGUCUUCUUUCUGUAUGAUUGUGCAUCUAUGCCUUUCAAUAUUUCAUUACCACUCAUCUUUCAUCUCUUUCGUCCUUUAGAAAGGACUUGUCCCCAUGACACUGCUAGACCCAGUGGAUGUCAAGAAGUCCAAAGGCAGGAAAAAUAAUAAAGUAAGACUUUUUGUUUCUAUUAUUUCAGCCCAUUUAAUGUUUUACUAAGACAAUGUAUGUUAUAGAGCUGAACUAAAUGUGCCAUUACAUUUAGGGGCAGCUUCAUUUACAGUUUUUUAUCUGGGCUCUUUAAUCUCUCAAUUUUCAUUUGCUGAACAGAGCUUUAUCUUCACUGUAUCACAUUGUACCAAAGUUGCACCUGCUUAACGCUUCUAGAUGUAGAGGACAGACAGGCUUGUUGAAUUCCCUUGGAUUUUAACAAUGAGGGAGAGAGGUGUCAUAAAAGGACUAGCAAUCAUUAGCCCAGCCUCUCUGGAUAGUUAACUGCUGUAAUAGAAAGCACAGAGAGAGAUCUGUUACCUUGACUACCCUGUUCUGAUGUGCCCUCCACAGAGUAUUCCCAGUGGGAUCCCCCUCCCACCGGACCUCAGGCCGCCCACUCGCCCACAGGGUAGACUCACCUCAUUUAACCCCUCUGGCAGAGGACAGGACAAGGGGAUGGAGCCAGGCCAGCAUUAAUCUAAACUAAAGCACCUUUUGUUGUUUAUUUAAUGAUAUCAGUCGUUAUUCUGGCAUGACCAUGUACAGUACUACCGGUAUAAAUGUGAUAAUUUUAAGUAGUCAUGAAAACCUCUUCACUGAGUGUUCAGCCUUUUUAAUGUUGUACUGUAAUUCAUCUGCAGAGAGCCCAGUUAGAGAGGCAUCACUACCAUCCUAUGCCACCCACCCACCAAACACCUCCACCCCGCUACCGAAGUACACAUCCACAGUAGACAGCCCCACUGAACUGGUGAGUAAAGGGCCUGACUUAAUCAGUGUUUGUCUCUGAGUUUGUAACUGUUAAUCACCAGCGGAAAUAAUACAUUUAAAGGUAAAAUUAAGAUGUAAUUUAUUCCUCUAAAGAUAGCAGGUCAAUCUGUCCUCAAGGUGUACUGUGGUAUAAGUACGUAUCUCACAGGGAAACUAGAAUGUGUAUCAGCGUGAUUCAAAGAAGGAUCAAGGUUUCAACGUUUAUUUGCCAUGUGCACAGGAUACAAGAGGUGUAAAACAGUACAGGGAAAUUCUUACCUUGAAAGCUAUUUCCCAACAAUGCAGUGAUAAUAAUAAUAAUAUAGAUAAUUAUAGAAAUAGAAUAAAAAUAAACGCACAAGAACUCAAUGUGAGUUAAAGAGCAUGAGAAUGCAAGUAUAUACAGGUCAGUGCCAGUACCUUAUUCAAUGGGCAGGGGUACUGGAGUAAUCAGUUGACACCCACAAAAUAUGUUAUACUGUACUUCCUUCCAGCUGGGUUUACAUACUGUAUGGUAUACUGAUGGAGUUGUGGAUAAAUAAAUAAAUAAUUGUAUGACUCAUAAAGUGGUGUAACGAGUAGAAUGCUGAUGAUGUGCCCUGAUUAAGUCAAUAGAAAGCCUAGGGGAGGGAGAUGUAGUCAGUUUUCAGAUUUUGUGCCUCAGCAUGUCAGUGACCUGAAUUUUUUCAUAAGAAGAAAUUACCUCUUAAAAUCUCCCUGAUGCCUGUGCCAAAAUGUAAUGGACUUCUCGUGUGACGGCUGUUAUACUUUCCCAUAAGAUGCCUGACUGACUGGCUAUGGAAAAGAGAGGUUUCAGUGAGAGUGUUUCUGUCCAUGCAAUGUAGCCAAUCCAGUUAUACAAUUUUCUGUCAGGAGAGAACAAUUUUCUGAAAGUUUCCUUAUGAUCAUUCACUCAUGUUUGUUUCCUAAACAAUCACGUAGAAAGAGCUUUUUGUAGAAAUACAGUGAGGGAAAAAAGUAUUUGAUCCCCUGCUAAUUUUGUACAUUUGCCCACUAACAAAGAAAUGAUCAGUUUAUCAUUUUAAUGGUAGGUUUAUUUGAACAGUGAGAGACAGAAUAACAACAAAAAAAUCCAGAAAAACGCAUGUCAAAAAUGUUAUAAAUUGAUUUGCAUUUUAAUGAGGGAAAUAAGUAUUUGACCCCCUCUCAAUCAGAAAGAUUUCUGGCUCCCAGGUGUCUUUUAUACAGGUAACGAGCUGAGAUUAGGAGCACACUCUUAAAGGGAGUGCUCCUAAUCUCAGCUUGUUACCUGUAUAAAAGACACCUGUCCACAGAAGCAAUCAAUCAAUCAGAUUCCAAACUCUCCACCAUGGCCAAGACCAAAGAGCUCUCCAAGGAUGUCAGGGACAAGAUUGCAGACCUACACAAGGCUGGAAUGGGCUACAAGACCAUCGCCAAGCAGCUUGGUGAGAAGGUGACAACAGUUGGUGCGAUUAUUCGCAAAUGGCAGAAACACAAAAGAACUGUCAAUCUCCCUCGGCCUGGGGCUCCAUGCAAGAUCUCACCUCGUGGAGUUGCAACGAUCAUGAGAACGGUGAGGAAUAAGCCCAGAACUACACGGGAGGAUCUAGUCAAUGAUCUCAAGGCAGCUGGGACCAUAGUCACCAAGAAAACAAUUGGUAACACACUGCGCCGUGAAGGACUGAAAUCAGCCCCCCGCAAGGUCCCCCUGCUCAAGAAAGCACAUAUACAGGGCCGUCUGAUGUUUGCCAAUGAACAUCUGAAUGAUUUGGAGGAGAACUGGAUGAAAGUGUUGUGGUCAGAUGAGACCAAAAUUGAGCUCUUUGUCAUCAACUCAACUCGCCGUGUUUGGAGGAGGAGGAAUGCUGCCUAUGACCCCAAGAACGCCAUCACCACCGUCAAACAUGGAGGUGGAAACAUUAUGCUUUGGCGGUGUUUUUCUGCUAAGGGGACAGGACAACUUCACCGCAUCAAAGGGACGAUGGACGGGGCCAUGUACAGUCAAAUCUUGGGUGAGAACCUCCUUCCCUCAGCCAGGGCAUUGAAAAUGGGUCGUGGAUGGGUAUUCCAGCAUGACAAUGACCCAAAACACACGGCCAAGGCAACAAAGGAGUGGCUCAAGAAGAAGCGCAUUAAAGUCCUGGAGUGGCCUAGCCAGUCUCCAGACCUUAAUCCCAUAGAAAAUCUGUGGAGGGAGCUGAAGGUUUGAGUUGCCAAACGUCAGCCUCGAAACCUUAAUGACUUGGAGAAGAUCUGCAAAGAAGAGUGGAACAAAAUCCCUCCUGAGAUGUGUGCAAACCUGGUGGCAAACUACAAGAAACGUCUGACAUCUGUGAUUGCCAACAAGGGAUUUGCCACCAAGUACUAAGUCAUGUUUUGCAGAGGGGUCAAAUACUUAUUUCCCUCAUUAAAAUGCAAAUCAAUUUAUAACAUUUUUGACAUGCGUUUUUCUGGAUUUUUUUGUUGUUAUUCUGUCCCUCACUGUUCAAAUAAACCUACCAUUAAAAUGAUAGACUGAUCAUGUCUUUGUCAGUGGGCAAACGUACAAAAUCAGCAGGGGAUCAAAUACUUUUUUCCCUCACUGUAUGUUUUGUUUUUCAUGCAGUCAUGUAGAAAGUGCAUAUACUUCCCAUGCCAAGUUUGUUUCUAAGAGAGAAUUGCCAUGUUUUCUCACAGGAUCCCAUUUCACCCCAGGGAGAAGAGGCUGGGUCUGUGGUGGUAAAGGUGCAUUACAGAUACACCGUGGCUCUGAGUGUCCCUUUAGGCACACCGUACGAUGAACUACAGGAGAGAAUUGCACACAAAUUGGGGCAGCCAGCCUCACACUUGCGCCUCAGGUAACUGCAGACCUGCCAACCCAUUUCUGUCACCUUGAAUUUUAAUUGCUGCUACCGCACUAAAAAUAUCACCACUCACCCUCAUGCGUGUCCACUUUAUCCCCUUUCUCCUUCUCCCCUCCUCACUCUAUCCCCCUCUCUCUCUUCCUCUCCGCCACUCUCUCCCCCUCUCUUCCUUUCUCCCAUUCCCUCUCCCCUGUUCCCUCCUCCUCUCCUCCUCUUCCACUCCUUCUCUCCACCCCAGACACAGGCAGCAUGGCUCCCAGGCGCUGAAGCCUCUGGAUGGGGAGGAGGGGCUCAGGGCCCUGCUGGCGGAGGUAGAGGCAGGCAGAACCACACUGUGGUGCCAGGUAAGAUCCACAGGGCUCAGGCAAAAAGUAGUGCAGUAUAUAGGGAAUAGGGUGCCAUUUGGGACAAAGACCUAUAGUGUAUGUCUCUGGAAUCAUCAAUAGUACAAUAUACUGUAUGUAGCACAGGCCCAUUUUGAACUGAAAUGCCUCAAUGAAAUGUGUGGCUCAUUUCUGAGUAAAAGCUAACCUGUAUGUUCCUCUGAUCUCUCUGUGUCAGACUGAGGACCCCCUGGCCAACCGUACCAUUCUCUACCAGAUGGUGGCACUGUAUGACUAUGCAGCAGAGGGCCCAGAGGACUUGGAGUUCAGUGAGGGAGACACUAUUGACAUUCUUAGUGAAGGUAAUGGAGCAUGAGAAAUUAUGAAGUCUUGUGCUUUUUAAGUGCACAGUAAGUAUGUAACCUCCUGUUUUGACAAAUGACUCUAUAUCCCCCCCCCCCCCCCCCCCCUCCCUCUCCCCCGUCUGUCUACCAGUCAACGAGGAGUGGCUGGAGGGACACUGU